UCUCUGUGUUUACAACCAGCUGACAUCCGGCGUCUUCCCGUCCAUUAGCCACCGAUACCCAGAGUCAACGAUAUCCGUCUACACUCGAUAUUUUCCCCAUGAAAAGCGCUCCCCGCUGAUUCGUCAACUCAACUGAAUGCAACAUUUCAUCAUAUUCAUCAGAUGCAGGGCUCUGGGUCGGUCUCCAGCAGCUGAAGCACACCAGUCCUGUCCUCUCUGCUCCACGUCCACUGCCUUCCUCCUCCCUGAGCCAUGACCACCCAGAGGGAUCUUGAUAUGGUGCACCUCCGCCUUAUCCUGGUCAGUGGGAAAACGCAAGACUUCACUUUCUCCCCCAAUGACUCGGCCACAGACAUCGCCAAGCAUGUGUUUGAGAACUGGCCUGCAGGAUGGGAGGAGGAGAGGGUGAGCAGCCCCAGCAUACUGCGCCUCAUCUUCCAGGGACGCUUCCUGCAUGGCAACGUUACCCUAGGAGCUCUCAAGCUGCCACCGGGCCGAACGACUGUCAUGCACUUGGUCGCCAGAGAGACUCUUCCAGAGCCCAACUCUCAUGGUCAAAGGAACAGAGAAAAAACCACAGAGAGCAACUGCUGUCUCCUCUUGUAAAGCAACAGAAACGAUCCCUUCUUCCCCUCCCCGCCCUUCACCCAGACCUCACACAUAACACACACAACACACACACCCCCACAUAUAAACAUGCAUACACUCUGCUCUCUCCUGCCUGUCGUCCUAUCAGCUGUGGAUUUGGAAUAAAUCACAGGAAGUCUGGUUGGGGGCUGUUGUUACCUGCUUUGGUUGAACUCUUGUCCAAUCUGAGGCUUUUUUUGUGCCAAUAUAUUCACCUUUUGCCCCCGAACUUAUCGGCAGAAUUUGCUGUUGUUACUCUUUUUUUUUUUCUUUGAAGAUCACAACAUUUUAAUGAUACCUUCGCUGCUGGACAAGUUUUAAAGAGCUGUCAUACGUAGUGAAAAAGACCCAGGAACCCGUCGCUCUUCAUGGACACAGAAGUGCUAUAAAGGAUGUGUGGGCUUUAACCCUUCCCUACUAGUCACAUGGAUGUUUCCCCCACGUCUUACUCAAUGGUGUUAACCCUCUCAUUGCACUUAACCAGUUUGUUAAUUCAGAUGUGUUUGUUGUGUCAUCCUCUCUUCCCUCAUGACAAUUUUUCUUUGAUGAACACCUUGAUUCCCCCACGUGGUAGAAAAUGUGCCAUCCUCCUCAUAGACCGUUUCUGCCUCUCAUUAACUGAACCGUUUGGUCUGUAUCAGCACCAGUGGCGUUUCUGCCUUCACCCUACAUCCAUGCAUACAUAGAUACUUUUUUUUCCCCUGGCAAUGGACCAAUGGAGAGAAGACUUUUAUCAGGAGAAGCUGUGUGAAAACCUGAGGGGGCACGGGUCCACAAGAAAAAAACAAAACAAAACAGGAACAGACUCCCAGAGAGGCCUGCAAAGAUGGAGGCAGAGGAUUUGCUUGUGUGCCAUCGGGCGUUCGCACUCGUGGCGGUGACUUUAUUGACUUAGGACUGUCAACGUUCCCUCGUGACGGGAGCCGACACGGCGGGCCAGUUAAACGCGGACAGAAGAAGCAGUUGAAGAUGGGAGGGAGGCGCGCGGUUGGCGUGAGACCCCUCCUCACACUGGACACUGAAAAUGAGGCAGGGGGAGAGUUUAUCUCCCGUUAGGGAUGAUGAGGAAAAAAGGAAAAUUUUGGCGGUGUUUCACCUCCUUUUCAUUUGGAUGCUGUCUUUACUUCUUGUUUGCCUUUUAUCGUGGAAUUCAGUAAUAUCAUUAAUAUUGAAAUUUAAAUAUAUCAAUUUUUAUCUUGUGUAUAGGUAUUUGUUGAAUUUUAGUGUGGGUGAGUUUGUGUGUGAGUGUGUCUGAGGGUGUGUGAUGCACGUGGCAUACUGUGUGAAGACUUGCGAGGGCAUGUGGUCUUAAAAAAAAAACGGUGGUGCACUGGGAGUGUUGAUGAAACAGUCGGAAACCUUUGAUUCCUUCCAUUGAGUGUCCUUUGGUUUGUGUUUUUGUCAAUCAAUGUCACUGCUAUGAAGUUUAGCUCAGUAUGAAUAAAUGUAAAAACUAAAAUGCAAUGUGGUCUACAUAAAAGCUUGUAUUAUAAAUUAAUAAAUCUUUAAAUAAGGCAA